GCGAGACCAGAGGGGAGCGGACACCAGCGGCGCCCGCGGCUCCGGGGCGCCCCGCGGCUAAGCCGGUGCCCGCCUCCCUCCGGCGUUUUAGUGCGCCGGGUGCGGCCUGCGUGCCGCUGACCACCGCUUCGCGUCCGCCCCCAUCUUACCUCUCGCCCCGGCGCCAUUUGAAGUGUGAGUCCGCACCCGGCGCCCCACGGUGGCGGCUCCGGUCCGGGCCCUCUCUCUCCCCGAGGGCUCGCCCCCGCCUGCGGCUUCCCUGCCACUGCCGGCGGGGCGGUGUGAUGCCACGCUCCUGCCCGGGGUUCUCCGCUGCGGCCUCCGGCUCCGGGCUCCGCGCAGGCCGCGGCGAGGGCUGCGGGGAUCUCUGUAGUUAGGGCCUUGUUGAGCCUUUCCCAUAGCCGCGCCAAACCGCCGGGAAGGUUUACCGGGAAAAACCGCUGGAGAAGAACAACAGGCGCUACUGUCCCUCUACCCGAUCCGUGGGUGAAAGGUUAACAGGGAUGAAGACCAGCCACGAUGAAUAUCUUUGCAAGCUGAUCUAUUUGCUACAUUUGGAAGCUGUACAGCCAUCAGCUACUUAGCUGUUCUGCAUGCUGCUACUGAAGAGUCUAGGAUAUUUUGUCCAUUUAGACCAUUCAAAAUGAAUGAACAUCCUAAAAAGAGGAAAAGGAAGACUUUACAUCCUUCUCGAUAUUCAGAUUCUUCCGGUGCAACCAAAUACAUAGACAACAGUGGCAUUUUUUCUGACCACUGCUAUAGUGUCUGUUCUAUAAAACAGCCAGAUAUAAAGUUUUCUGAAAACAGAGGUAGAUUCCACAGUCCAGCACAGAGUGUAGACACAGAUGAUGAUGGGAGUCCAGUGCAUGCUGGGACUUCUCAAUGGAGUGGGUCACAUCCAAAUGCGGGGUUCCACUAUACAGACCCUAAAAAGAAGGAUAAAGAUAAAGGUACUAAUAAUGGAAUGUGCAGAGACUUAUGUGAUUCACCUAUAUUCAGUGACAGCCCUACAGAUGAAGAGAAACCUCUAGAUAUUCAAACUGUAGAAAUUUCUACAACAGAAGUGAAUGCUGUAGAAGUUCAUGAUAUAGAAACACAAACUGUGUCACCUGAAAAACUAGAAGCUGAAGACCUAGAGGAGAUUCCUUUGGAAACCUGUAAAAUAUUUGAGAAGAACCAGGCUUUGAAUAUCACAGCUCAACAGAAAUGGCCUUUGCUGAGAGCCAACAGCAGUGGCUUAUAUAAAUGUGAGCUCUGUGAGUUUAAUAGCAAGUAUUUCUCUGAUUUAAAGCAGCACAUGAUCCUAAAGCAUAAGACAUGUACAGACACUCAUGUCUGUAAAGUUUGUAAAGAAAGCUUCUCCAGCAAAGUGCAGCUCAUUGAACAUGUAAAACUCCAUGAGGAGGAUCCAUACAUCUGUAAAUACUGUGAUUACAAAACAGUGAUAUUUGAGAAUCUGAGUCAGCACAUCGCAGACACUCACUUCAGUGAUCACCUUUAUUGGUGUGAGCAGUGUGACAUGCAGUUCUCCUCGAGCAGUGAGUUGUACCUGCACUUCCAGGAGCACAGCUGUGACGAGCAGUAUUUGUGUCAGUUCUGUGAGCAUGAAACAAAUGACCCAGAAGAUCUACAUAGCCAUGUGGUGAAUGAACAUGCGUGUCGACUGAUAGAGUUAAGCGACAGCUAUAAUAACAAGGAGCGUGGGCAGUACAGCCUCAUAAACAAAAUCAGUUUUGACAAAUGCAAGAACUUCUUUGUAUGCCAAGUGUGUGGCUUUAGGAGCAGGCUGCAUACCAAUGUCAAUAGACAUGUAGCUAUUGAGCACACCAAAAUAUUCCCUCAUGUUUGUGAUGACUGUGGGAAGGGCUUUUCAGGUAUGUUGGAAUAUUGCAAGCAUUUAAGCACUCAUUUAUCUGAAGGGAUUUAUUUGUGUCAAUACUGUGAAUAUUCAACAGGACAGAUUGAAGACCUCAAAACGCAUUUGGAUUUCAGGCAUUCAGCAGAUUUGCCCCAUAAAUGUACUGAUUGUUUAAUGAGGUUUGGAAAUGAAAAAGAUCUCUUAAGUCAUCUUCAGAUACAUGAGACAGUAUGAUUGCCUUCUUUCCCUGUGAUCAGCUUUUUAGAAUUGAGAUUAAUUUCCAGUCACUGAAAUGUUACAUUAAAUACAAUUUUAACAGCA